AUGCUUCUUGUGCGUCCGCGGAAACUCUUGCCGCGAAACAGUAUAACGGUCGAGGAGCCUGAGAUUCGGCCCCAGACUUCAGCCUGUCGCGGUCAGUCAGUCAAUCUUAUGAAACUAUGCGCUCUACAAUCGCACUCUUCGAAGACGUUUUCAACAGUGCGGUUAUUUCUUCAGUUGCGUGGAAAUAAGUACAGACUAUCUGGUCUCUCCUACUCCCUCAGUCUCCUCGAAAUCAUACAUAUUAUUUAUCAUCACCGCCAACUCACUGACCCCGAUCAACAUGAUGUAUUUGUAACUGUAACGCCAACAACUUCUCAAGGCGGCAUGGUUGCAAAGCCUUUUGAACACCUUCCAGCUGAAAGCCUCGGUGAUACCCGACAAUUUACCAACAUUUUUCAAAUCCACGGUGCGCGUUCCGGAGUUAAGAAACGAACGAAUUAA